AUGGCCAGAUAUGUUGCUCGUAUCAGAAACUUCAUCCCAGGAGUUCGACAUGCGGACAGCAACAUCCCGUCUCAAGGAGUUACUGUGGAUAUGGGGGAGGUUGAUUACGGGAAGGACAAGAUAAAAAUGUCAUUCUACAAUCCGCUGGACCCCGUGCCAAAAUAUGACUUUUAUGCCAAAGACACUUGGUCGGGACGCAUAAAAAGCACCAGACCGUCACUGGAUGUUCUGCGCAAACCAGAUGUCAAUGAUGUGAGGAUCAUUGGGACGAUUACUGUCAUCCUCCUCCUCUGCAUCACAUUUGCUGGCAUGGCUUGGGAGGCGAAGGCUCAGAUCCUGUUCUUCAUUGCACUCUUGCUCUCCUUAGUUAAUUAUUUUGUGGGGACGGUCAUUCCCCCCAGCAGCGAGAAGCAGGCUAUGGGAUUUUUUGGCUACCGUGCUGAGAUUUUCGUGGAGAAUCUGCUGCCUUCCUUCCGAGGCAAAGAUGGAUCUUUCUUCAGGAUGUUUUCCAUCUUCUUCCCUUCUGCCACAGGAAUUCUGUCUGGAGUAAACAUCUGUGGAGAUCUCAAGGAUCCAUCGGGUGGGAUUCCUAAAGGGACCCUGCUGGCCAUACUCUGGACCACCUUGAGCUAUUUAUUGAUCUCAGUCACAUGUGCUGCAAGUGUUGUAAGAGAUGCUUCUGGUAGUCUGAACGAUAGUUUAGCGCUCAAUUCUUCGGUCCACUGCAGUGGUUUGGGCUGUAAAUUAGGCUGGAAUUUUGACCAGUGUGAGCAGAACCGCACAUGUAGCUUUGGACUGGCAAACCAUUUCCAGAUUCUUGCCAUAGUUUCAGGAUCUGGCCAUUUGAUCACCAUCGGGAUCUUUGCCGCCACCUUGUCGUCAGCGCUGGGUUUCUUGGUGUCUGCUCCCAAAAUUUUCCAGGUAGACGGUGUGGCACAGGAAGAGCCUCACCUGGAAGCUGUUGGAGAGACCGAAGGAGCAGGUGCCGCUCUGCUGGCAUUCUGUGAAGUUCCAGCCCAGACCGCAGCUCAGACCAUCACACACUUCGGUGACGUUCAGCGGCAGACUGUCGUGCAGCACACACGCUCCUGCCAGAGAAACCUCAACUCUAUAAUACACGUACUAAAAACACGCUAA